CCUUCUCCUUAUACUUGUUUUUUUCCUGUCUUUAAAACCUGAGUCUAUCCUUAAUAAUCUGCAUUGAAAAAGAAAAAUGGUUAAUUAUGUUUAAUCAUAUGAAAUUGCUGACCUACAAAAAUAAAACCAUUUCAUAGAUUUAUUAGUAAAUAUCUAAAGAAAUGAGGAGUCUGAUGUCAAAGAGAAGGGCAAAUGAGGGGUCUGAGGCCAAGAGAAGGGUCAGUUUUAGAGGUGCCAGCUCUUCCUGGGACAGGAGGUGCUUCAGUGUGGUUACACUGGAUGUGACAGUUGCAGCCCCCAACAAUGUUCAACACUGGCAGUGAACUGUAGGUUUCGCAGCCCAUUCUGACAGCUGGUUUGUAUUCAGGGCUCAAGAAUCAGUGGAUCCCAGACUGAAGAGACCAUGUAUAACUUGAGUUGUUAUAACCCCAGUUCCUUUGUCUUUGUUGGAAUACCUGGCCUGGAGAAGUUCCACAUGUGGAUUGGGAUUCCCUUUUGUGUCAUCUAUGUUGUGGCUGUUGUGGGCAAUUGCAUCCUUCUCUACCUCAUUGCAGUUGAGCACAGCCUUCAUGAGCCCAUGUUUUUCUUCCUCUCUAUGCUGGCCACCACAGACCUCAUCUUGUCCACUGUCACGGUGCCCAAACUACUCAGUAACUUCUGGAUUGGCUCCCAAGAAAUAACCUUUUCUGGUUGUCUAACUCAGAUGUUCUUCCUCCACUUCAGCUUUGUGGUGGACUCAGCCAUUCUGCUGGCUGUGGCAUUUGAUCGCUAUGUGGCCAUCUGCUUCCCCUUGAGAUAUAGCGCCAUCCUGACUCCGCAAGUGAUCAUCAAGCUUAUGGUGAGCAUUGUUGUGAGAAGCUUCUCCAUCAUCCUACCACACGUUUUCCUGCUAAAACGGUUACCCUUUUGCAGGACACAUAUCAUCCCUCACACCUACUGUGAGCACAUAGGUGUUGCUCAGCUUUCAUCUGCAGACAUCUCCAUCAACAUCUGGUAUGGGUUUGCUGUACCUCUCAUGACUGUCAUCUCAGAUGUUAUCUUCAUUGCUGUUUCCUAUGCCUUCAUCCUUUGUGCUGUAUUCCAACUCUCAUCCCAGGGUGCCCGCCAAAAAGCCCUCAGCACCUGUGGUUCCCAUGUCUGUGUCAUCCUCAUGUUUUACACCCCUGCCUUCUUCUCCAUCCUUGCUCAUCGCUUUGGGCAAAGUGUCCCUCAAAAUGUGCUUAUCCUGUUUGCCAACCUCUAUGUGGCCAUCCCUCCUGCUCUAAAUCCUAUUGUUUAUGGAAUGAAGACAAAGCAGACACAGGACAAAUUUAUUCUCCUCUUCUCUUUGAAGAAGUCACAAUGAGUGGACACUGAAGGAGAAAUGUAUGUAAAAUUGAUCUGGUGAAAUUUUGUGUAACAUGGGACAACAUGAAGAUAAAGCUAUAACUCUUAUUAAUUUGAAAUUUCAGCAUUCUACCUAUGUGCAAAGUAUAGGCAAGAGGGAGAGGGGAGAGAGAAAAAU